AUGAUAGCCGUUUGGCACGAUCCCUCAGCUAGGGCAUGUAUUCACGAAGCGCACAAAUUCAACCUGCGGGACUUCGGGCAUCAUCGAAGUCUUUUAGAGGAUUCAAAUGAGAUUGGAUUCACGAAUGGAAGCUACAAAGAAGAAGACGAAAAGUACAAACGGCUUUUGCUUGAAAAUGAACAACUGAAGCUACGAAUUGAGGAGGUAAGUUAUUUCUACAAUUUUCAGACAUUUGAUUACAUGUUAACGUAA